AUGAUAGAGAGCGUGCGACAGAAGAAUGAGGAGAACAAAGUUAUCGUUUACUCCCGGUCUUGGUGCCCAUACUGUGAAGAGGUGACGAAGCUGCUGGCGGAACUGGAUGUUAACUUCACACUGGUGGAGCUGGAUCACAUAGUUGAGGGGGACGAUAUUCAGGACGCGCUGUACGACAUAACAAACUCAACAACCGUCCCGCAAGUGUUUGUGGGAGGCAAAUUUGUUGGUGGCUGUGACGACACAGUGAGCCUAUACAAAAGCGGCGAAUUGAAGAGCAUUUUCAGUGGAGCGGGGGUUGAGUCAUCUCUAUGA